UCCCCCCGCAUUUAUACGCCCCAACCCCAUCAACUUUGCUGCUUCAAAUUUAUACAUAGACAUAUACAAGAAGAAGAUGUGAAAAAAUCACAUCUCUGUCAGUCUUUUCAUUCUACAGAGACUGCUGAAUACAUAGUUUUACUGUAGCGUUAGAACCUGGAAAUAUCAUGUCAAAAUUCCAAUUAUAGAUAGAGAACAGAACUGCUCUGUUUUACCCCGUUUCUUGAGUGUUUCCUGUUUUCCGGGAUAAAAAGAGGCCUGCCCAUUUCUUGUUAUGUUUGUGGGCUUUUGCUGUAGGACCCGGAUCAGAAUUUUGCAUUUUCCUUUGUGAUUUGGAUUGUCCGUAUCGAAAUUUGGUCCCUGUUUUCUGUUUUCUUUUCCAAUUUUGCUGCUCUGUCUUUAUCAUAAUCAAGACUUGGAAUUUUUGUGAUAUUUUUGGAUGCAAAUGGGGAUUGAGCAAAGCGGGAGGGGUGGGAAAGGUAAGGUGAGUAAUGAGUCGAAGAAGGGCAAGCGGAGACAGAGGAAAUUGUCUCCAGUUCAGAGGCUGUAUGAGAUUUGCAAGGAAGUGUUUGCUGAUUGUGGCCCUGGCAUUGUUCCAUCCCCUGAAAAAGUAGAAAAGCUUGCUGCUCUUUUGGUGCAGCCGGGUGUGGGAUGAUGAGGCGGACGAAGCUAGUCUAAUUUAAGUGAAACUUGUUGUUUCUACAUUCAUCUACACCAUUCUGUAAAUCCAUGACAUGUUAUAUGCCAUGGAAGAUAAGUUGAAAUUUCCAUCUGAUGGGAUAACUCAAGUGGAUGUCGGCCUACGGCCGAGUAUGCCGUUUUUCAGCAGUGAGCGAGCCCCUGUCAUAACGUAUCUGCACCUCCAUGAGUGUGACAAAUUCUCAAUUGGAAUUUUCUGCUUGCCCCCAACAAGUGUCAUUCCACUUCAUAACCAUCCUGGAAUGACAGUUUUCAGUAAGCUUCUCUUUGGUACAAUGCAUAUCAAGUCCUAUGACUGGUCAGAUGAGGUGGAUAAGAAUGCCGACGGCACAAUGGCAAAUGGUAUAGAUCCAAAAAGUUAUCCAGAUGGACUACGGCUGGCCAAGCUUAAGGUCAAUUCCGAGUUCACAGCCCCUUGUGGACCUUCCAUUCUCUAUCCGGCUGAUGGUGGAAACAUGCACUGCUUCACUGCCAGGACGGCCUGUGCUGUGCUGGAUGUGCUUGGCCCUCCAUACUGUGAUCCUGAGGGUCGCCAUUGUCAGUACUAUUAUGAUUACCCGUUUGGCAGUUUUUCAGUUGAAAAUGUGUCGGUUCUGGCGGAAGGAGAGGAGGGGUAUGCAUGGCUGAAGGAAAGGGAAAAACCUGAAGACUUGUCGGUAGUCGGAGUGCCGUACAGUGGACCAAAGAUAGCAAGAAAAUGAGUUGAACAAGGAAAGGAAGCUUGGGAUAGAUGUUGACAGAAGUUGCUUGCAGCAAUGUUGGUAGGGAGGGAGCUUUUGUUUCUCAACUUUAUUCACCUUCGUUCCUUUCAAUUUGUCUCUUUUCUUGAUUUCUGGGAAAAAGGGUGUAUCUAUCUUUCUUUCCCUUUGUUUAGAAAGUUUGAUGUGUACAUAUUUAGAACGAGACUUAAACCAAUUGAGCUUCCAAUAUGCACAUAAGAGAGUGAUUUUCACAGUGCACUGAGGGAAAUUGUGAAAUUGCAGCCCUCUCUCUUUUAUAUUUCUA